GCGUACAAAGUCAGGAAGUCGCGGUUAUCCAGUAUAGAACACAACAAUAUUUCGCCGACUGACCGACUGGUGCCUUCUUUCCGGUUCACCGCCCGACACCGGCCAGCAUUAGCAGACACAGGCUGCAAAGAUGAGUCUUCGCCUGGCCAAGUACGUGGUUGUGAUAGCGGUGCUGUUCAUCCUGCUUGCUGAUGACUCUGCCGCAUGGUGGAGACGCCGACGCCGCCGCUGCGAUCGCAACUGUGUGUGGCGUGGCUGGAGUUCAUGGAGCUCCUGCUCAGCCUCGUGUGGCUCCAGUGGAACAAAAACAAGAACAAGGAGUCAUGCUGUGACACGGCAAUGUAAUGGAAGGGCGUGCACCGGGCCCAGCCGUGAGACGGUAGCCUGUAACAGAAGGUGCUGUCCCCGAAACUGCCGAUGGCAUAGCUGGAGCUCUUGGAGUUCCUGUACUGCAACCUGUGGAAGCAGCGGAACUCGGUCUAGAACAAGGACAGUAGCAGUAACUCCAUAUUGCGGUGGUUCAUCCUGUACCGGAGACAGCAGUCAGACAAGUCCUUGCAACAGGCAUUGUCCUCAUGGAGCUCCAGAUGGUCCCAGAUGCAACUGUGCAGACACUGGAUACAGCGGAACCUGCUGCGACAACGACAUAGACGAGUGUGCUAGAGGUACUCACCACUGCCACCAACAUUCCAACUGCACCAAUACAGAGGGGAGUUACCGGUGCGUGUGUAACAAUGGAUAUACGGGGAACGGUCGAACGUGCACAGCGCUCUGUUGGGGCUCCACAACCUGUCCACAUGGUGGGAUCUGCAGCAGCCCAGACCAAUGUACCAGCUGUGACAGCGGCUAUGAGUCUCCGGACUGUGGAAAGCGAGACGCCCCCGACCUUGUAUCCUGCCCUGACGACACACCAAUAACAGUCAACUCCCCAGACGGAGGUCUGCUGGACUGGACCGAUCCGGAGUUCCGUUUCCAGCCGUCCAACGAGCUGGCCGAUCACGAAUGUUCCGCCAACAAGGGAGACGCCGCCCCCAUCGGAACACACAACGUCCAGUGUUGGGCAGAGGGCUAUGCUGAUGGAACUACCUGUGACUUCGAUGUCAUAAUCCAAGGCGCCUUCCGUCCGGGUCGCGCCCGUCAAAAGAACGAGCUUUACUACUACAGCGGCUCCUGUGCCUUUAACGAAGAUGACAUCAAGAGAAACCUUAUCCAGCUCUACGCGACGCUGGGUGACUGCAGCGCUGGCAUCAGAUGUGGGAUAUCCGACAUUGGGGUGACCUGUGGACUGACGUCGAGGAAGCGUCGAGACACUCCAAGGGACGCAGAACUGAGGGAAGACAACGUAGACACCGUGGUCAAACGGUCUACCCUGGGGCACACCAUAAAAAUAACGUUUUUCACCGAGGCAGAGUCCCUUGCGGAGGAACCAACGGCCAACGAUCAGUCAGAAGUCAUCGGCGCACUGGACAACAUCUACUUCGAGCUUCGCGCCAGGGUGGCAGCGAGGACCUUCAACCUCGAAAUAGGGGGACAGUCGUUAGAAGCAGUAAACUAUGUCGGUCUCCUGCCCGCCUUCGACCUACAGUGUGAGGGAGGACAGAUCGAAAAGGUGGAAACCUUUGGCGCCGUUUGCAUCAACUGCCCAGUCGGAACCUAUGAACAAGACAACACCUGCCACCCGUGCCCACCAGGCUGGUAUCAGGACGAAGAAGGUCAGACAGAAUGUAAGGUCUGCCCUUCACAAGACAGCCCCAUAGAGGGGUGUGGAGAAGAGCCUGACCACUGCUACUUAAAUCCAUGCCAGAAUGGAGGCACGUGCCAUGACUACGUGGGCUUCUACAAUUGCACAUGUCCCGACUCUUUCACUGGGGCCGACUGUGAGGAAGAUGUCGACGAAUGUGACCAGGGGACAGACACUUGUGAUGACGCUGCCACCUGUGCUAAUGUAGUUGGGAGCUACAACUGUACUUGCGAUGAUGGGUACAUAGGAGAGGGAUACAGCUGCAUUGAUGUCGACGAAUGUGCUCUGGGAACAGACACCUGUGACGAGCACGCCACCUGUACCAACACACCUGGCAGCUUCACCUGUACCUGUAACUCUGGAUACAACGGCGAUGGAAGCACCUGUUCAGAUAUCAACGAAUGCCAAGAAAGAACAGACACCUGUGACGAGCACGCCACCUGUACCAACACACCUGGGAGUUACACCUGUACUUGUAACCCUGGAUACAACGGCGAUGGAAACACAUGUACAGACAGCGACCCAUGCCAAGACGGACCAGACACCUGUGACGAACAUGCCACCUGUACCAACACACCUGGGAGUUACACCUGUGAUUGUAAUCCUGGAUACACUGGCGAUGGAUUCACCUGCACUGAUAACGACGAGUGCACCUUGGGGACUGACACCUGCCAUGCAGCUGCCACCUGUAACAACACACCUGGCAGCUUCACCUGUGCUUGUAAUGUAGGAUACACUGGCGAUGGAUACACCUGUACAGACAACGACGAGUGCAUCCUGGGGACUGACACCUGCCAUGCAGCUGCCACCUGUACCAACACACCUGGCAGCUUCACCUGUGCUUGUAACGGAGGGUACACUGGCGAUGGAAACACUUGUACAGACAUCGACGAAUGUGACGAAGGAACAGACACCUGUGACGAACAGGCCACCUGUACCAACACACCUGGGAGUUACACCUGUGCUUGCAACCCUGGAUACAAUGGCGAUGGAUAUACCUGUACAGGGUCCUGCUCUCCAGGCUUUGAGUUUUGGAAUGGUGCCUGCUACUACUACUCGGAAAGCAAAAGAACAUUCCUGUCGGCGGAAAGCGACUGCGACGGUCGCGGUGCUACGCUGGCGGUCGUGCCUGACUCGGCCACUCACCAGUAUCUGGUGCAGAAAGCGCGCGGAAAGAGGUUCAUCUGGAUCGGACUGAGCGACCGUGCACAGGAGGGUACGUUCGUCUGGAGCAACGGUGUCAGCCUCGGGUCCUUCCACCCCUGGAGGGGCCGCAACAAUGCACGUGCCGACUGUGUGGCAAUGGCGAAGUGGAGGAGGACCUAUGUGUGGAGAGUGAGGGGAUGCAGUGGAAAGAACAACUAUUUCUGCCAGAAGUAAAAACGUUUAACACAAGGAUGGCAGGAGAACAACAAAGACGAACAUCGAGACCAAUAGUGCGACGAAUUUAAAGAGUCUACAGUCAUGACUGAAAUAGUUUUGAAUCUUAAGUUGUUUAGUUUUUCAAUAUCAAUUUUUGCUUAGACACAAUACUUAAAACUUGUAUUCUUAAGUAAGGAUUUGGUUCCUUUUUUUCAUAAUGUCUAAAAACGCUGAGUUGAAAUCUGAUGCUGCUGGAUAGAGACACGUUUAUUGAUUCUGUACGAAUAAAGCAUAGAGCAUAGAAUGGCUUUACGUUUGGUGUUAAAACUAAUUGAUGUUAGUCACUUUCUGCUAUCGUUAUAUACUAUAUAAUACAUGUAGUAUAAUAAUAUAUGGUGUAUAUUUCUUGUACAUUGGAUUGGCAAAUCCAUAGAUAUAUGCCUUGUAAUCUUUGUGACGCAACCUUUCACACAAUGAUAAGUUUUUAAAGCCAGAUUUAGUGCCAGUUUUCUCUGGUUUCCCAAUACUAUAUUGAGCAGAUAGUGUAGACGAUUAAAAUAACCUACAAAUUGCGUGUCCAUGUGUUCUUUUUCAGUGUUGGAUAUGCAGUUUCCCAGACACUCCCCAAACAUCCUUAAACACCCCUUUACAUAAAACAUACUCAAACAGUAAAAAAAUCCCGUACUA